CAGUGUGAUCAGUAGUCUGCCCUCCUUUUCCAAGAUGUCGGUUUUCGGGCCAGUUGUGAAAAUUCAUCCCGUCGUUCUCGCUUCUAUCUGCGACUCUUACGAGCGAAGAAAUGAGGGAGCGAGUCGUGUGAUUGGAACCCUUUUGGGUACUAUUGACAAGCACUCUAUCGAGGUGACCAACUGCUUCUCUGUCCCUCACAAUGAGUCUGAAGAUGAGGUUGCUGUGGACAUGGAGUUUGCCAAGAACAUGUAUGAGCUUCACAAGAGGGUUUCACCCACAGAGGUCAUCAUCGGAUGGUAUGCCACAGGCUUUGAUAUCACAGAACAUUCAGUGCUCAUCCACGAGUACUACAGCCGUGAGGCCUCUAAUCCCAUUCACCUGACCGUGGACACGGCACUGCAGAGUGGCAAAAUGAACAUCCGCGCCUACGUCAGUGCGCAGAUGGGUGUGCCAGGAAAGACAGUUGGUGUGAUGUUCACCCCACUGACUGUCAAGUAUGUGUACUAUGACACUGAGAGGAUAGGCGUGGACCUGCUACAGCGAACACGUUUGACCCCCAGUCGUACCAAGGGGCUGACCUCUGACCUGUCUCAGGUUGGUGGUGCUGCAGCCAGGGUACAGGACAUGUUGACCACAGUGCUGGCAUACAUUGAGGAUGUGCUGUCUGGCAAGGUGACAGCAGACAACAGCGUGGGCCGCUUCCUGAUGGAUCUGGUAAACAAAGUGCCCACCAUCUCACCUGAGGACUUUGAGAACAUGCUCAAUUCCAACAUCAAUGACCUGUUGAUGGUGACCUACCUGUCCAACCUCACCCAAGCACAGAUUGCUCUCAAUGAGAAGCUGGUGCUGCUCUGAGAGGGUUUCCUUGAAGUCAUUCAUAUUUAAUUUUUGUACUUUUUUUUUUUUUUUUUUUUUUUUGACUGAUAUGAAAAUAAAGAUGUUAAACAGUCACACAGUGUGCAUUCCCUGUGGUAAGAUGGUAAUUAAAUUUAAGGCUGCUUGGUUUGUCACAAGUUGCUAAUGAACAUUAAAGGAAGGAUCAUACUGCUAACACAUGUUCCCUUUCUGCUUAUUAGACACCUCACAUUUACUGCGUCAACCUGCUGCACUGCAGGCUUCAUGAUGCUUGAUCUGUAAUAAUGUAUUUUUAAGGAGGCAACUGACCUUAUAUCUUAUCAUGGACAUAUGUAGAGGGGGGACAUGGGUUGGCUGUUCUACCCAUGACAUUUGAUUGGCCCUCCACCAAUAUAUUUUGACUAGAGUUCAAUCAUGGUGUAAAGGAUGGGCAUAGUUUAAGGGUGUGAGGCCCCUCAAGCCUUAAUUCUUUCUGAAGGUCAGCAGGCAGUGGGAACUUAUGCCUGUAAAAGGACUUUGGUUUAUAUAGAAUUGUAAGGUUAACGGCCUUCCAGUCCUUUUUAACAUCAACAUUUUCCUGAUCAUUUGUGAGCUCAGUCACUAGUUAUAUUUCAUAAAACAUUAAAUUUACUAAGUUCUGGUCAAGAAGUCAGAAAUUAUGAUUUUCCAGGAAAUGCUCAUUGGCUAAUAACAUUUUAUUUACAAGUUGCUAACCAAUGAGCAUGGACUUAAUUUCAGACUGAACCACUGGUUGUUUUGGCGUAUCCAGUUUCAAAA